AUGGUUGGCCAAAUAUCUUACACCGAGGAGCAGAUAUUCUUCGUCCUGGAGCAGGUUCUCGCCGACAAGAAACGCGAUAUCAUUCUUUACGAGUACCAGAAGAAAUUCGGCAAAUCUCUUUCUGCGUCGCAGCUUCGAUACAUUAAGACUAAAUAUGGCCGUGACCCUGAGUUCGGCAAGCCUUCCGAAAACCUCAACAUAUCACUGAUACGGCCAUCAUGGGGGGGACGUACUCAGCUGCGGUUGCAGUCGCAGCUGCAGCGUGAGAAGUUCCCGCAAUACCAGUCACAUGUCAGCGGCCCAGAGCCGACUGGAACGUACUGGUUUGACCAGUAUGCCCCGACGGUAUACAAGACCCCUUACGGCUACCAGCCUGUUCUGCACUUCUACAACAAACUUCUGUAUCCCUCUACAACCCAGAAGAGACAGCUCGAGGAGCCUGGUGAAAUGCUUCCAAGUUCUGCAGCAAGACAGAUGCUUCCCAUUGAUGGAUUCAAUGAUACAUCGUUCUCCCCUGAUACUGCUCCUGAGUCCAUGGAGGAACCUAAGGCGAAACGGGCAAGACUGGAGUUGACAAAUAACAAUUUCGCUCAGGUCACUACGGCUAAACCGGCCCAAAUGUCGAUGGACAACCUCAAACAUCAGGGCAUGGAACAGGGUACCACAAACUUCUGCGAUAUUGUCCCUUCUGAAGAACCUGCCGCUCACGUUGACUCAGACAAGGCUGACGAGGCCUUCUACACCGAUGAUAACAAGAACGAGCAUUUCCCAUGCAGCCAGUUUAUCGAAGGUGUUGGCCACAAGACCCAGCCCGAGGACAUCUUGCCGCUGCCUUUAUCUUUUCAGAUGCCCCAGACUUGGGACAAAAACGCUGGCAUGAACAGCACCUCGGCCCAAGGACCAACUUCCGUUCCAACUUCCUUGUCUACAGCAACACAGUCAACAAUGGUGUCCGCAGACACAAGUCUCAUGUUUUCAGAUGCAGCAUGGAGCCAGAUCUUCAACAAGGUGGAAUCCGGCCCCCAAAGCAAUUGCCAAGCCAGCAGCUCAUUUCACUCUCCGCUGCUCUUGGAGGCACACAACCUUAUUCUGGACCAGGCCGUUCAACAUUCUUUGGAGGCAUUCGUUGGAGAUGCUAUCGUCGAGACGGAUACCAGUGGUUAUGUAUGUGACGGCGAGAAUCUGGGGCAGUCUGGCUCCGAAGUAAUGGCGGUCCCGGAACAGUCCGGGUUCGGUGAUGGUCUCGGUUUCCUUGACGGCCUCGACGACUUUGACAACGACAUUGACUGGAGUGUUGAUCCCCUUCUUGGAAACGAUCUAACUCCUGGUGUUUACCUAGCACAAGAGGUUGAUGACCAGACUCAAUCGGGCCACUCUGAGUAAGGCCACAGUUUGCAUUUUCUUCCUCAACUUCACACACUCUUACUCCAUAGGGCUACUUUGUGCCAAUCAAGCUAGAUCAGUAAAGACAACAAACCAGAGCAUUCGCCAAAGUACACCCAGAACACACAGUUCACAAAUUUGAAAUUUCAAAAUACUCAUACAAAGGAAGAAGGCCGGCCAGCGGGGAUGG